AUCAGGGCGGGGUGGGGGAGGGGGGGGCCGCCGGGCCGCUGUUUGUUGUCAUCCCAAGAUGGAGUUUCUGCUGGGGAACCCGUUCAGCACCCCGGUGGGGCAGAGCCUCGAAAAGGCCACAGAUGGCUCUCUGCAGAGUGAAGACUGGACACUUAACAUGGAGAUCUGUGACAUUAUCAACGAGACAGAAGAAGGCCCAAAGGAUGCCAUUCGAGCGCUGAAGAAGAGACUGAAUGGAAACAAAAAUUACAGAGAGGUCAUGCUGGCGCUGACGGUGUUGGAGACCUGCGUGAAGAACUGUGGCCAUCGCUUUCAUGUCUUAGUGGCGAACCGUGACUUCAUAGAUGGUGUUCUGGUGAAAAUCAUCUCACCCAAGAAUAAUCCCCCCACUAUUGUGCAGGAUAAAGUACUAGCGCUGAUUCAGGCUUGGGCUGAUGCCUUUCGAAGUAGCCCUGAUUUAACCGGAGUAGUGCAUAUUUAUGAAGAACUCAAGAGGAAAGGCAUAGAAUUUCCCAUGGCGGAUCUUGAUGCUCUGUCUCCAAUACACACACCACAGAGGAGCGUUCCUGAAGUUGAUCCUGCAGCAAAUAUGCACAAUUCACAGCCUCAGCAAAGGAUGAGCACUGGUUCUUAUUCUUCGUCUUCUCCAACGGCGUAUUCUGCUCCUCAGGCCCCGGCUCUGAAUGUGAUUGGUCCCAUCACUGCUAAUUCAGAACAGAUUGCCCGGCUGCGCAGUGAACUGGAUAUUGUUCGUGGGAAUACAAAAGUGAUGUCUGAAAUGCUGACAGAAAUGGUACCUGGACAAGAGGAUUCCUCAGACCUUGAGUUACUCCAGGAACUGAACCGAACCUGUAGAGCUAUGCAGCAGAGAAUUGUGGAGCUUAUCUCACGAGUGUCCAAUGAAGAAGUCACAGAGGAACUGCUGCAUGUGAAUGAUGAUUUAAAUAACGUCUUCCUUCGAUACGAAAGAUUUGAACGAUACAGAUCAGGACGUUCUACACAAAAUGCCAGCAAUGGAGUACUGAACGAGGUGACAGAAGAUAACUUAAUAGAUUUGGGUCCUGGCUCUCCAGCUGUCGUGAGCCCGAUGGUUGGGAACUCAGCGGCCCCGUCUUCACUUUCGUCACAGCUUGCAGGGCUUGACCUGGGUACAAACAGCGUCAGUGGCACCCUCAGCUCUCUACAGCACUGUAAUCCUCGGGAUGACUUCGACAUGUUUGCACAGACGAGAGGCAGCUCCCUGGCUGAGCAGCGAAAGAAUGUGACGUAUGAGGAUCCACAGGCUGUCAAAGGACUAGCGUCUGCCCUGGAUGUUCGGAAACAGAACACAGGAGGGAGGAGAGGUAAAGGUGGGAACUCAGACAUGGAGCCCAUAGACAAGUGGCUAAUUACACAAGGAAUGAUCCCUGUUGCACAGUCCUCUGUCAUGGAUGACAUUGAGGAGUGGCUCAGUACCGACUUGAAAGGAGAGGAGCUGGAAGAAGGAGUGACCAGUGAAGAGUUUGACAAAUUUUUAGAAGAGCGAGCCAAAGCAGCGGAGAUGGUGCCCAACCUGCCGUCCCCUCCCGUGGAAGCCCCCACCCCUCCGGCAAAUCCUCCCAGCAGGAAAAAGCAGGAGCGCUCGGAGGACGCCCUCUUUGCACUGUGAAGAUUCACCCUUAGCCGCCCUCCCACCCCCGUGCUCUGCGGGCGAACGUCGCCGUGCGGCCACUUCAUCCUCUCACAGUACUUACCUAACAACGACCCUCUUCCCCCAGAUUUCAUAGAUUGCUUCUCUUUCCCCCCUCCCAAACAAUCCACCCCCAUGAGCUGACUCUUUCUAUUUAAGUCCAACACUAUUCCUGCCAGACCACAAUUCUCCAGCACUGCUUAGUCCCCUCCUUCCUAUCCCAGCUGCGCAAAACCGGCUCUUGAUGCCGAAAACCCCUUUAGAAUGCAUGAGUACGUCACACCGUGUCGAAACAAAGGACCGGAGGGGAGAGAGCGGCCUUGCCCUUCCAUUUUUGUUGGGAUCAUCCUCUUCUGUAGGCAGGUCCUGCCAAGUAGACUGUUCUGUCGAUCAGCAUGGAAUUGACUGAGCUGGAACGUUCAGGAGUGCGGCUUUAUUUUUAGAUAAAAUGUUAAUGUAUUGGCUUUCGUGUCGGAUUCGACAGCAAGGAACAACUGUUCCCCUUUCAACAUGUGCUUCACAAGUUAAAAUCCUUUACUCUCCCACUCACACAUCUCCCAGUACCAUAUGGUGGUCGCUUUUCCCCACUUGGUGCGGUGCUUUGCAUUCUAAAUCUCACAGGGUAUUUUUUUCCUUGUGUUUUAUCUGGACUUGCUCUAAUUUGAAAGCAGUCUGUUAGCCAUGUCCAGUAGCUCUGGCAGUUGACGGGAAUGAAAAAUGCUGAGCUAAAUGGAUGCUGUAACGUUAGUACAUCAAGCAUUUUGCUCUUUGGGAGAACAUUCUCACAUGAGGAUUUUUUCUGGUAUGUUCACCAUUUAAAAUAGCUCUGUUAUUUUUUUCCUUACCUUAGAUUCCUUCUUCAGCGACUGUAGAGCUCUGCAUUUGUCUCAGCUGUUGUAAGUAACAUCCGUGCAGAUGGAUGGGACUUGCUCAUGGACUAGGGGUGAACUGAGGUUUCUGGAUUCCCUGCCAUUCCUGGUAGGACAGACAUGCUGGUUCUUGGGGAUGGGUGUGAGAAAAAGAGGCAAACCCAACAGAAGUUCAUACGAAAAUGCUGAGGGGGACGGUUAGAGUGCAGGAAUUAGCCAUAACUGCCUGUGCUGGAGGGGAAACUCCUCAUUUCCUUCUAGGUUUGGGUCUGAGAAAGUGUUGGAUGGUUGUGGCUCUGCUAUUUGUAAUUUUUGGAGUGGCCUUUGAUACUUCUGCCCCUUUAUUAACUCCCAGCUCCUGCAGGGCUGCAGUCUCCCUCUUGUCUGUGCAGACAAGCGUAUUCCCUCGCUUGCCAGCGGCAGGGCCGAGAGCCACAGCUCUUGCGGGAGCUGCCAGGAGGGAUUGCAGCGUGCGCUGUGCCCGCCGUGCUGGGCUGACAGGCAGAGCUGGAGCCGGCAGCUCCAGCCAUCGCUGCGUCUCCCAGCCCGUUCCUCGGUAGGAAGCCUGUGGCGCAAGAUGGCAGGAUCAAAGAGAGCGCUGAACGCUGCGCGGCAGGAGGAUCUCCCGUCCUUUAUCAGAUGAACGCUCUGUUCAGCAACACUCCGGCUCCUCUUCCUCAGGGCGCUCGUCAGCUCAGGCAUCCAGCCACUUUGUUCUGACUUGGCAUGUCUGGGCUUCCCGGGAUGCCGAUGUGUGUCGAGCUCUCUCAAAAGUUGUUCUAGACCAAGAAGCCGUGCUAUAAACAGCCGAUGUGAAAGCGAUAUAAGCUUUUAUCUGAGCGUAGCUAUUGCAGCUCGUAACAUACUCUCUAGGGCACACCACGCUUUGGUAGGUUGUGACACAUAAAACCUUUCACCAAAUGGCCCAAUUGCAGCACCGAUGGUCUUUGGGAGCGGUCAUAUUAAUCUUUGGAGGGAAGCCUUGUUUGGUGCAGGAUUUCCAGGCCGUUACAGCUCAGAUGUCACUCUGUGCCAUCCCUGCUCAUCCUCUUCCAAGAUCUCUCUGUAUCUGGCUGGGCCCAGGGGAGCUGCCCCGCCACCCCCCGUGCUGACUCAGCACCUCGUCUCUGCUCCGUAGCUCUCUGCCCCCCGGCCGCUCUGUGCUGUGCAGAGAGCAGCGUGGCUUGCAGCUGAACGACGAAAAUCCGUGUAAGGAUGGAGGUAGCUUGGAGAUCAAGCUGCCUCUUCCACCCGCUUGCUGGCCCACUCCCCACUUGAAGCCCUUUUACGUGGGUCUGCAAAGGGUUUCUCUCCAUCUCUGUGGCUGAUGGAAGGGUGCCGGGACACCCUGCCUUGGUGUCACAUCUGCUCUCUCCCACAGCCUUCGCUGUUUAACCCACGCUGAGCCCCACGCGCAGGUAUCGGCUCCCAGACACCCCACUGCCACCUCCCACCUCACUGCUACACAUCAGAUGGGGCCACCAGCUCCCAGAAACCUGAGGAAACUUCUGCUGUGAUGCCGAUUUGAUUUCAGGCAGCGUCUGAUGGGUGAUUGCUUGAGCAGUCUUGCGAGCACAGAAUGAAUUGUUGGUAUUCCUGUCAAUGCAAAAAGCUCCGUGGGUGUUUUAAAUGUGUAUUUUCUCUUCUAAAUCCUUGAAACACAUUGACCCUGUAAAUGGCCACAUCAGGUGAUUCUAAGCAUGUUAAUCCAGCUUCCCUGCCAAGCCAGAGGAGAUAAUCGCAUUGCUCGAGCGUGGGUACGUGGUCGAAUGAAGCUGAGUGACGAGGAUAUUGCCAGUGCUGUCACCGAGCCCCCUGGCAGAUUUGCUGUGGAUUUGCUUGCCCUUCUUCCCCCACCCUGAAGCAGAAAGAGAUGGGGGGGCAGCAGGGAUGUUAAUGCUGCUGCUUUCUGUCACGCUAAAGCUGUCCUGGGACUUCCCAGUUGUUGCUUUAGAGAGAAUCUGGUCCCUUUCCAGAAGACCCUGCGGAGCUGUCAGUGACUUCUCCCUCCAGCCAGGAUGAAAAAGAGAUGAAACAAGGAGGCUGAGGCUGAGGGGAGAGAAGGAGCGUGUGUUGGCACAACUCGAGGGCCUCCGUGAUCCCCGCUGCCACCGCAUGUCACCUCCUGGGAAGCGAGGACACUGUUUGCAGGGGGUGACAGGUGCCGUUGGCACAAGCAGUGGCUUUGCUGGAAGCAGGGCAGGGAGGUGUGUGCUCAGCCUGGAGCGAAGGCUUAAACAUCCUUUUGGUGGGACCCUCGAUGGGUCUGGUGAAGGUUUGGAGUUAAAUUUGGAGCCUGGAUCCACCAGACCUGGCUCUGGCAGGCUGAGCACACCGGGGCUGGAAGCACCGAAGGGGACAGAGGGUGUGGUUGAGCCCAAACCUUCUUUAACAAAUACAACAGCUGCCCUAGAGCUUCUCUAAUGUCCUGUAUCAGGAUCUCUCAUCUUCCCCAUCCUCUUGUGGUCUGCAGAAAACCUGAGCGGUGGAAAUGGUCUGGGGGAAAGGGAAGGGGUUUUUCACUUCAGGAGACCAACCUCUCGAUUUGUUCUUCCUUUGCUUUCACUCUGAGUGCUUCCUCUGUGCGAGUGGGCAGAGGACUUGUGUGGCUCCGACACUUGGGAGAAGAGGGACGGAGCUGCAGCCUGAUCUGCUUUCCAUAGGAAAUAACAUCCCAGUGCUUUCUAGGCAUAUUAGGAAUCACAGCUUGACACUCGAUGACACUAAAUUAUUAUUGGGGUCCUUUGUAAGUUCUAAUCAUACCCUGUUCUAGGUCAAAAUAUUUAUUUUGUCAAUAUAUUUUCUUUCCAGUGUGUUUUUUAACCUCUUCCGUUAACCCUUCUUGUGCUGAGAUGUAAGAAAUGAAUGGUUUCUAUUUAAAUAUAUCCUUUUGGGUUUUUUAAUUGUUAUGUGUAGAUUUCAGCUGCGUCUUUCACAGGUGUCAUAGAUAACAAUGUGUUGUACAGACAUUUAGGGUGUUUAGUAGGUAGGUAAGGCUCAUAGGAGGAUUGCUCAUAAAAACAUAGCAUGGUGUCUGUUAAAGGGAACAGCGUAAAUGCAGAAACUGGUCCUUACUGGGACCUUCACGUAGCCUCCAACAUACCUUUCCCCUCCCAGUUAUCACAAUAUCUCUGAAAUGUGCUGAUCAGAUCAGCUCGGCCGUUUCCAGGGCUGGUUUUACACCUCCGAGCUGAAGAAGGAUUUUUGGGGGGACUUCCAUUCGUUUGACUUCAUUCGCUUUUUUUAAAUGGGAUACAUUGGCCGUUUCCACUUUUAAACGGAGGGCUCCACGGAGCUGGCUGUGGUGGCGAGAUGUUUCCCUCCAGUGGUGGAAGAACAGACCCGGGUGGUGGUUUUGGACCCCGGAUGGGGACAAUAGGGGUGAUGGGUCCCUCCGAAAGCUGCCGCAGGAGCUGGGCGCUCACCCCCCGGCCACCGCAGCCUGUUGUGUUCCUCUGCACUCAAUGCUCUCCUGCUUUCACGCGCAACAGGACGCUCAGAGCAGGAGGGCAAACACAGCAGCACCUCCAACAGUUUUUUCCUCUAGUGAGUUGUUGGGUCUCUUGUGGCUGCUGGGAGUGCUGAAGAGUGGGAAGCGCCUGUGCCAUCUCCAUCCUCAGCCAGCUCAUUGUUUACCUCCAAAGUUCUUCACCGCAAGGCUUGCAGAGCCCACCCUGGAAAAUAAAACAGCUCAGGACAGUUAUUUUUAUGGAAAUAAUGAAGCAGGUAAUCAGUGAGUGGAUUUACAGCCUUCUUGGCAGUAACCCCAGUGCUGCCGGGGGCGUCCACUCGUCCCUCCCUGCCGGCCCCAGCCUGCCCGCUCCGUGUCCCCGCGUCCUUCCCCGUCCCGGAUUGAGACGAGGUUGCGUUUCACCGAGAGCUGACGUGUUUGAGCCGCACCGAGCUCCGGUGCCGGUUCCCACGGCAAACCGGUGGCAGAUGUCCCACCCUGCUCCGUGUUUUUAUGAGUGCGAGCUCCUCAUUCUGUACAUGUUCUUAUGAGCUGUCGUUAACUCUACAAAUGUAACCUGUGUAAUAGCUUCUCUGUAUAUUACAACUGUAGGCUUUCCAGAGAAAAAGUGGAUAAUAUUUAUUUACUGAAGAUAUUGGAUAUUUUUUUGUUUGGGAACGGGGUAGGGGGAGAAGGAGGACAUAACUGUUUAAAGAGGUCGACUAUGUAAAGAGAAACAAAAUACACAAAAAGCAAAGAAACCCAACACUAAAAUGUUGCUGUAUUCACGUAGAAAGUGUUUACGUUAAGGGCAAUACAACUGUAUUAAUCUGCCAUUGUUUAACUUGCUCCAGAAAUCAUCUCUACUUUGGUUCCUGCAUGUGAGAUACUCCAAUAAAUACACCACUAGUGUGACCUGGA